AUGACAGAGGCUGCUCGUUGGAAAGCCACAGUAUUCGUUGGUGGCCUGUCGCCCGUCGUGACCACUGGCCAUCUAUUUGACGCAUUCAUUCCAUUUGGCGAGAUUGUCGAAGUCCAAUUACCACCAGCCGACUCUCGCAAAUCUGCAGACCCCCAUCGUGGGUUCGCAUAUGUCGAGUUUGAAGAUGCCGAUGAUGCAAAGGAAGCUAUUGACAACAUGGACCAAUCGGAGUUCUAUGGCAAAAUCUUGAAAGUUUCGCAAGCCAAAAUACCAAAAAGCGCAGAGGAAGGCCUGGGCAGCCGAAAAGCAGUUUGGGAACAGGAAAAUUGGUUGGCAGAGCAUGCUGCGGAGGAACGAGCUGGAGCCGUGGAGGGACAGGCUACAUCAGCAAAUGGUUCAGCACUUGACCCAAUGCAAGGCUUAGAAGGCCUGGAUGUAGCUGGGCCGAAACCAGCGUGA